ACCCCCUUUCGCUGAUGCAAGAGGCGAGUGAGGCGCUAGGAGCGGCAGGAGCAGCAGUAGCACUGCCAGACCGGGGCCUGAAGCGGCGACUGGGCCGUCCGACUCUCCGUCCACACCGAAUCCUUUCGAGCCGCAGCCAUGUCCGGAGACGAGAUGAUUUUCGAUCCUACUAUGAGCAAAAAGAAGAAGAAGAAGAAGAAGCCUUUUAUGCUGGAUGAAGAAGGAGAUGCACAGACAGAAGAAACACAGCCCUCAGAAACAAAAGAAACUGAACCAGAGCCAGCAGAGGACAGAGAUGUAGAAGCUGAUGAAGAGGAUGGUAGAAAGAAAGAUGCUUCUGAUGACUUGGAUGACUUAAACUUUUUCAAUCAAAAGAAAAAGAAGAAAAAAACAAAAAAGAUAUUUGAUAUUGAUGAAGCUGAAGAAGGUAUAAAGGACCUAAAAAUCGAAAGUGAUGUACCAGAACCAGCAGAACCAGAAGAUGACCUUGACAUCAUGCUUGGCAACAAAAAGAAGAAAAAGAAGAACGUCAAGUUCCCAGAUGAGGAUGAAAUCCUUGAGAAAGAUGAAGCUUUGGAAGAUGAAGACAGCAAAAAGGAUGACGGAAUCUCCUUCAGCAAUCAGACUGGCCCUGCAUGGGCAGGCUCAGAAAGAGAUUAUACUUAUGAUGAGUUGCUGAAUCGAGUAUUCAACAUAAUGCGGGAAAAGAAUCCAGAUAUGGUUGCUGGAGAAAAAAGGAAAUUUGUCAUGAAACCUCCACAGGUUGUUAGAGUAGGAACCAAGAAAACUUCUUUUGUCAACUUCACAGAUAUCUGUAAACUAUUACAUCGUCAGCCCAAACAUCUCCUGGCGUUUUUAUUGGCUGAAUUGGGUACAAGUGGUUCCAUAGACGGUAAUAACCAACUUGUAAUCAAAGGAAGAUUCCAACAGAAACAGAUAGAAAACGUUUUGAGAAGAUAUAUCAAGGAGUAUGUCACCUGCCACACGUGUCGGUCACCAGACACAAUCCUGCAGAAGGACACACGACUCUAUUUCUUACAGUGUGAGACCUGCCAUUCUCGCUGCUCCGUCGCCAGCAUCAAAACUGGGUUCCAGGCCGUCACAGGCAAGCGAGCACAGCUCCGUGCCAAAGCUAACUAAUUUGCUAAUCGACACUGGAUUUUGCAAAGUGUUUUGGAGAUGUGGCUGGACAGGUUUACAAUCAGAGUGGAUUUAUCAUUGUAUUAAAAGCAAGAUAUAAAAGCUGCCAGGUUCUUAUUUGGCAUUGGGUUGGUUGGUCUGUGAAAUCCUUGCAAGAUGCAGAUCCUCAAGCUGUUCACAUGCUCAUUGAAUAUUUUAACAACUGUCAGAGAAACAUGAUGGGGAAAGGAGGAGGUGCUUUUUAAAAAACCGUUCCUAGACUUCUGUAAAAUGCAAGAUAAAUUAAAGUUACUCUAACAGUGACUCUUU